AUGGCUACACCAAUAGCACCCUACCCACCAACCGGAAUCCAUGUCGUAAUAGUAGGAGCGGGUUUUGGUGGAUUGGCAGCGAGUAUCGAGGCCAGGCUGAAGGGGCACACGGUGUCGGUGUUAGAACGAUCCCCGAGGUGGGAACAGCAUGGCGAUAUCAUUAGUAUAAGUGGGUUCAAACCCUCUACCCCUCUUGCUGCCUCUCAUCUUUAACUCCACGAAACAAAGGGAAGAAGAGGAAAGCGGAAGUAAUCCUAAUUUGAUGCCGGUCUGCGGAUGAACAGGUCAAAAUGCCGGAAGAGUUCUCUCUCGCUGGGACCCAGCCUGGAUCGGUGACAAGCUGCGCAAAAUCUGCAUGAACCACAAAUCCUUCAUGAUCCAUACGCACAAGGGCGAAUUCAUCUUUGAACAACCCGUCGUGGCCCCGGACCCCGAGCGACCGACGUACAACGGGCACCGAGCAGACAUUCACAGGGUUUUCUUCGACUACGCCGAGCACCUGGGCGUGCGCUUCCAUAUGGGGAGGCGAGUAACGGCGUAUAAGGAGGAUCCCAAGCUGGGCAAGGCGUGGGUCGAAUGCGCAGAUGGCGAGACCUUCAUCGGAGACGUGGUUAUCGGCGCUGACGGCGUCAGGAGCAGAGCUAGGAGGUUGGCGCUCGGCCUGGAUGACAGGGUCAAGCCGACUGGCUAUUCUGUAUAUCGUGCUUGGUUCAAUGCCGAGGAGCAUGGGAUCCUGGAUGACCCGCUUACUCGGGAAUUCGCGGAGCGGGGAGACACGCAUACUGGUUGGCUAGGACCCGAUGUCCAUUUGCUUGUGGCUACGUGUAAGGGAGGGCGAGAGCUAUCGUGGGUUUGCACGCAUAAGGUAUGGUUUUCCUCCGGAGGAGCAGAAUUCCUUUCUCCGGUAGCUGUUAUGCAUGGGGUGUGUUGUAUGCGGGUGGCGGGGCUGACGGUGAAACGGUUAGGACGACGAAGACAUCGACGAGUCAUGGUCCUAUCCCGGACGUGUGGAAGACGUUCUAAAACUCCUGGAAGACUGGGACCCAAGAUGCAGGGCAAUCGUAAGCACACAUACAUAAAAUCACAUGUUGCCUCCCCGCGCAUCCAAACUAACCACCGAUCCGCAAUAGGUUGCCAAAACCCCCUCAUUGGUCGACUGGAAAUUAGUCCAUCGGGCACCCCUUCCAACCUGGAUCACCCCGGGGGGUCACAUAUGCCUGAUUGGGGAUGCCGCUCACCCAUUUUUGCCCACUUCCAUACAGGGCUGUUCUCAGGCGAUUGAGGACGGUGUAGCCCUGGCCACGCUCCUCUCCCUGACCCACACGGAUAAGCAAGUCCCCGACGCGCAGAAGAUCCCCUCGGCCCUCAAGAUGUACGAGCGACUGCGCUACGACCGUGUCAAGUCCGCGCAGAAGAAGGGAGAGGAGGUGCGCGACAUGUGGCACAAGGCGAACUGGACGGAGGUCAGGUCGAACCCGGGCAGCAUCAAACUGCCGCGCGAGGACUGGCUGCUCAAACACGACUGUGAAAGGUUCAUGCGGAACAUGUACAGGAGGGCGCUCGCGGAGCUUGGUGGUGGGGAUAAGAUUCCGAUUACCAGCCUUGCGGCGAGUCGCGAGAGCGAUGAGUUCCUGGUGGAGAUGCCGCCUACGCCCGUCGCGACUCCCAAACGCGAGGUUGAGGAUCCGAUGAACGGGCACCGGUAGUUGAAUGGAUCACGACCACAACACAACAACCACGACAACGGCGACAACCAGGAAAAAAGAGAAGGCGCAUUUUCAUCAUGGCUUGGGACGCACCCUUAGAAUUCAUUUUCCUCACUCCUAUCCAUUUACACUCCAUUAUCUCUUUACUUGUCUUUGCAUUUCUUCGCAUUCCUCUCCUGGCUUUUCUUGCGUUGCGCCGUCCUAACGAUAGUCUGACAUUCUUCCCUGACAAGAAAAAGGUCCAGCCUGGCCUGGCCUUGCCUUGCCUUGUCUUUACAAUUUUCUCUUUUUCCUUUUUUUAGAAACGUUCUCCUUACUAGAAUAGAUGGCACCGGAUGGCUAUUGGUGGGGGCUGGGGCGGAAAAAAUCAUACGGUAGACGGAUGAACAUAUACGGUAUUAGAUUAGAAUCGGAACUGGGAAAACCUGGGAUUUGGCGUUUUUCAUAUUCAUCCCUAGAAUUAUCAUACAAAAGCCGGUACUCCUGUAGAUUAGUUGGCGAGUUUGUUUUGCACUUCUUUUUCCCUUUUUUUAUUUUAUUUUCACGUGGGACCUUUGUUGUUUUUCUUAGAUGGGUAUUUGUUUCGUGUGUGUUUUUUUUUAUAUUUUUUUUACGGCUUAUACACUCCUUGAUUUGUUCUUCCUCUAGUUCGCUCCCGUUCUCGUUCAGGAGCCGGUCCGCGGCGGUGCGGUCUAGGGUCAUAUCUUGGAUGAUUGAAGUGGAACGUAUGGAAUGCACUGUUGUGGUACGGAAUGACUGCCGUACCUGUGUUUUUUUAGAAGUGGGAGAUAUCGUUAUCAAAAAAUUGAAAACUUCGUGGUUGUUGUAUUGUAUGGUGCGUGGGUUUACAUACGGACGGUACAUGGAACCGAAAAGGGAUCGUUUGAAGUUAUCCGGUAAGCCGCCGCUGUUAGUAAGGCGGGCGGGAAGGGAGGGGAAAAAAAAGCUUAUGUCUGCGGCAAGGUAGGAUGGUACUAGUGCAGUACUCGUACGGUGGAGCACACUUUCCAACUUGGCAGAGGCGUGAUUCUUGCCUUUUUUGAUAUUUUUUAGAAAGUUGCUACUUUCAACCAGAUAGUUGACUGUUCUUAGUCAACUGGUUAAAAUUUCCUUUUCUUACUCCUCUUAGAGGAGCACAAUAGACAAUCUUCUCGUCCGGGGAAGCCGCCCUUCCUAUCUAAGAGGUGCCUGGCAAGGGAGUAAGUUAAGUUGAUAUCUGAGCAGGCUCACAGGAGAUCACUAACUAGUUUUGAAGCAUGUAAAAAUUGGACAGUAGAGGAUUCUAAUUUAGUAUCUGAGGUGAUAAGAACUCAGUCCAGAGAAGUCAUGGAACAGGUUAAAAAUAGGUAUUUAGAUCUGCUCAUAAUGAACAGCCUCCUGACUAUGUAAGGGGAAUUGAAAAGACGAAUGGUAACUUCUAAAUAGUCAGAGAUUAUUUCCAGGAAGGGGAUUAGGAACAGAGACCAAUAUAGGCUGUUGUUGAGGCAAAGAGCUGGUAUAUCAGGGACCUUAUUGUAUCUUGCUUGCAGCCGA